AUGGGCUGUGUUGCUGUCGCCUCAUCAUCGCCCCAAGGAGCUCCUUCCAGAUCCUACGGCACCCCCAGUGCGGGUUCUUCUGGAGGAGGAUUUGGAGGUAGCGGCUUUGGAGACGGAGCCAGUGGGGGGUUCGGUGCUGGAGGCCCCGGUGGCAGCGCUACAGGAUUCGGAGGAGCUGCUGGAGGGCUUGGAGGUGGCUCUCAAGGUGCAGGUAAUGGAGGAUUCGGAGGUGGCGCCGUCGGUGUAGGAAGUGGAGCAUCAAGAUUUGGAGCUGAAGGAGGAUUCGGAGGUAGCGUUUCUGGCGGAUUCGGCGCUGGAGCCACCGGAGGAUUCGGCGGUUCCUCGGGAGGCUUCGGCGCUGGCGGUGCUGGCGGCGCUGGCGCUGGAGCAUACUCUGGAGCUUCAGGUCCUUUCAUUCCCAUCAUUACCGACGAACGCCAAGGUCCCGAUGAGUUCGGAAACUACAACUUCAACUUCGAAACUGCAAACGGCAUCAUUCGUGAGGAACAAGGAGCCCCACAAGGAGAAACUGGAGCCGUAGCACAGCAGGGUUCUUGGUCAUUCACCUUCCCUGAUGGCACGCCAGCUGACUUCAACUUCGUUGCUGAUGAAAACGGUUUCCGCGUGGAGUCCGACCUGCUGCCCACACCCCCUCCCCUCCCCGCCCACGCCAUCGCUCAGAUCGAGAAGGCUCGUCAGGAGGACGCCGCCGCUGCAGCUUCUGGUGGUCGUUACAGUGACCAGUCAGGUUCUGGCCAAUCAGGGUUCGGCUCCAGUGCUGGCCAAUCAGGAUUUGGUUCAGGUUCUGGCCAAUCAGGAUUUGGUUCAGGCUCUGGCCAAUCAGGAUUUGGUUCGGGUGCUGGCCAAUCAGGAUUUGGUUCAGGCUCUGGCCAAUCAGGAUUUGGUUCGGGUGCUGGCCAAUCAGGAUUUGGUUCAGGUGCUGGCCAAUCAGGAUUUGAUUCAGGUGCUGGCCAAUCAGGAUUUGGUUCAGGCUCUGGCCAAUCAGGAUUUGGUUCAGGCUCUGGCCAAUCAGGAUUUGGUUCAGGCUCGGGCCAAUCAGGGUUCGGCUCCAGUGCUGGCCAAUCCGGAUUUGGUUCAGGUGCUGGCCAAUCAGGAAUUGGUUCAGGUGCUGGCCAAUCAGGAUUUGGUUCAGGUGCUGGCCAAUCAGGCUUUGGUGCUGGCUCUGCUCAGACUCCAAGCUUAACCUAUGGCUUACCUUAGACUUAAUCCAUCCUCAUACUGAGUGAAGUCAUGUUGCACAUCAUGCAGUGAAAAUGUGGUGGCCAUACCUUUGCAAAGGUAGCAGUUUAAUGAACACUGCUUCCUUGCAGGGUGAAAAAUACGCUUAGAAUUAAACUGGUUAUUUAAUUAUAAGUUUAGAUUAUAUCAAAAUAUAGUUGUUAAGAAAAACGUAAA